AUGACUCAUACACGAUUCAAAGCAUUCAAAUCGCAUUAUGUUAUAGAUGUGUCUACCGUCGCUUCUAAUAUCCCAAUAGCUGCAAAGAAAAUCUGCAAUGUCCAUGCGGAUAUGAUCUUGGAUUAUUACUGCACAGAUCAUGGAAUCGUUUGCUGUAAAGUCUGCAUUCCUAAGGAACACAGGAAAUGUGAAAACGUUCUGCCAUUAGAGCAUGCCUCCAAAAAUGUAAAGAAGUCUGCAUUGUUCAGUGACAUAAUGGUGGCCAUAAAGCAUCUUAUUACAACAUUAAAUGAUUUACACGAGAACAGAGAGUCUUAUUUACAAUCACUUGCGCAAACUAAAUCAGAUAUUACCAAACAGAUCCGUGAAGAAAAAUCCCGAUUAUUGAAACAAAUAGAUGACGUAGAACGCGAUCUUCAGGCCGAACUGUCAUCUCUCAAUCGCAAAUACGAGAUCGAAAUCAUUAAACAAAAGGAAAAAAUAUCACAAGUUUUAGUCAGCUUAAACUCAAAUAAAAACGAAAUUGUUUUUCUGAAAGAUCAUGUGUCUGAUAAUCAGCUUUUUAUAUCCUUGCAUGGAGGAGUAACAAAUAUCCAAAGCGCCGAAGCUAGUGUCCUGCAGUUGAUACCUAACUCCCACGAAGUCGUAAUAACCUUUGAUGAAAAGAAAAACGUCAAACUUGGAUUUUUUGGAAGACUGUCAGAGUCGGUUAGCUCUUGUCAAGUUCAAUGCAAACCAAAGAAAUUUCAACAAGCCCAGAUCAUGGCACAACCAACAAAACAUAUUGCUGGAUUAUAA